AUGUUGCAUUCGAAUUUCAAACCUAAUCGAAUUCCAUUAGCGUCAACGCUAUUGAGGAUGGGAAAUCUAUUUGCAUCGAUACCAAUUAGAUCGUUCUCUGGUACUAAAUUUGCAUUGGAGAACGUUAGAUAUCAAACUGUUAAGCAAUCGAGAAUUGUACCCAAGUUAGCCACUUUUUACUCGGCUAAUCCACAUCAUGAAAACUGCAUGAACAGACUAGAACAUCUAUUAAAUAAAUACAUCAAAUACCCUACUCAGUCGAGUCUCGUCAAUGGUAUGGACAAGCCGGCAUGGUUAUCCUUCGAAGACUACAGUCUUAUUGGAGGUGGUACAAGAUUGAGACCAAUUCAGUACAGACAGUUGAUCAGCAUUCUAAAUAGGUUGCACCAUAUCGACCAACAGCUGUCAAACGAUGAGAUAAGAACAGAACUAGGUCACUAUUUUAAGAAGUCAGGGAUGCUAGUGAAUGAGAGGAAAGUUCAUGUCUUGGAUGAAUUUGGAAGAGCAGUCGCAGUGGGCAAGAGAAAGUCAUCCGUAGCAAAGGUGUAUUUAGUGAGGGGAGACGGUCAAAUACUCGUAAAUAACAGGCAACUUAAUGACUAUUUCGUGGAAAUAAAAGAUAGAAGCUCUAUUCUAUUUCCUUUAGCUACAACUUCUUUGUCAGGUAGUUAUAACGUGUUUGCCACAACCUCAGGCGGAGGUCCAACAGGCCAAGCUGAGGCUAUAUCUCAUGCCAUUGCAAAGGCUUUGUUGAUUUUUAACCCAUUAUUAAAACCAAGGUUGCGUAAAGCAGGUUUGAUCACAAGAGAUUACAGACAUGUCGAAAGAAAGAAGCCAGGUAAGAAAAAGGCCAGAAAGAUGCCUACUUGGGUCAAGAGAUAA